UGGUAAUCGUUAGCUCCGGAAGCUAACCGAUCCAGGCCAGAUAGGAUGCUACGGGGUUGGACGUAUCGAACUGGCGACUCGUCCUCGUUGUCUCGAAUAAUCUCGAAGCGAACGGAUAUCUAAACGAGGACCUUGAAGCCAGCCUGCAGGCGAUCCACGCGUACAUAUGUACGCUGGAACCGACGUAUGGAAGUGGAGUGGCCGGCAAGUGAUAUAUAUCGGUUGCAAUAUAUCGCCCUCGAUGGUACGGCCGCACCGUGCCGAUCUUCGCUCCGUUCGGAGAAGAUAGUCGAACGCGAAGGAGAAGAGGCUUCUCCACGCACUACGUUCCGAACAACACGCCACCACGCCCUCGGUGAAACAAUGUGAUGGUUAACCUAACAAGCUCUCAUCCGCUUCAGCGUGCCGGUACCCUACCGUAGUGCACGGUUGCAGCCUCGUUCCACUCUCUCCGUCCUGGCCUGGUCGCCAGGCUGAAACGCCUAGGGCAACACUUCCAGGACAUUGCUGUAUACCGAUAUUCCGUUGCGAUAACGAUGUUGCGACAUACGCUAGCCAAGCCGUGGGACCGCGGGGUUACAACUGGUAUUAACCCUUUCGGCUGGGAAUAAUUCUAUGCCUGGAUAUCGAGCAGAAUUUCCGAAGGAACAUACAAACGACGUCCAAGUGUCUUCAAAUUUACGAAAGUAGCUGAAUCAUUGAUCUUUUUUAUAUGGAGUUACAAGCAAUUGUUCGAAAAGGGCAUCCAUAUACUUUGCGCUACGCAGGAACAAGGCAUUCUUGUCUCGUUUUAUCGAUACACUGUCCAGCUAGACGAAACGUAACUCCGCUCGGCUAGAGACGUAAAGAAAGACGUAGUUAGACAGGAUACGACGUUCCUGGACGACGAGUCAGGAGACAAUCUGCCAUCGGGUUGUAGCGUGGAUCGGUGGAAACGCCUGGAAUUCAAUACCCUUCUGUUCCUUGGGGGGAUCCAAAUAUGGAACUCGGCAACGACCUUUGUAGGAAGCCAUAGUCGGCACUGGAAACACGAAAGUACCACGUGCGCCUUUUGUCUGAACACCAAUGAAAUCUAAACGAACGACUCACUUUCCUCUUUCGGCGAUCUAUAUUUCUAUUUCUUCCGUUCGUUUUUAUUUCAUCGUCCAAUUAAACUGCGAGCGAUUUAUUCGGACAAAAUGAUUUUAGUUCUUUGUGUGGUGAAUUUUUCCCAAGUAAGAUACUCCAAUUCGUAAUCAUUCGCCCCCUGGUGGGUAUAUAUCUAGCUGAGACUCAUAAAGAAAAUAUCAUCACCGUGGGCCAUUCCGAGGGACCAGGCGGAAAGAGGUCGGCGACAGGUUACUCCGACACUGUCUGCUCCGUUCUUGAGGUCCUGUUCGAUUCCUACUCCUUUCUGUCGGCCACCACCACCGUCGUACAGUUGGCCACCACCACCAUGGACCUUUAUCCACCACCAGUGGUUUCAGCUACCACCUCCUUGUUCGCAGGUAGUGCGGGGCACCUCGCCAUGUGACUGAUUCCCCUUCCCCGUAGGUUGACGAGCGGUGGGCCUGCCUACCUGCCGCCCGUUGCCCCGCUCCCAUUACGACGCGGACUCUCGCGGCAGGUGCACCAACCUAAGUGCCACUCCGCUUACCUGUGUGUCGUGCCUACCAAGCCAAGUGUGUCCGGUGGUCAGGUUCUUCCCUCUCUCUCUUCCUCUUUCUUUCUCUUUCUUUUUUUCUUCUUCCUUCUCCUUCCCCCUGUCACUAUUCUCUCUUACUCUCUCUACACCUUUCUCUGUCUCAUCUUUUCACCCCCUACCCGGCUUCGUCCUUCUCCCUCUGUCUCCGUCUGUCUCCUUCGACGUCGCCUCACGCAGCAGUGCCGUGUUGUAGUGUCGUGUCAUCCUGCGCUACGUCAACGAUCCUCCCGAACCGCGGAGGCAACGAUCGACCGCGUAUUCCAUAACGAUUUCGUUGCUACCCGGCUGACCCACGUACCUCUGCGUCCUUGCCCAGUAAACACGGACCUUCGCGUAGUGUAAACAAUCGAAUUCGGUGAAAAACUCGCUCGGCAUUCAACGACGACUGGCCGUCGUUAUCGGGAAAUUAUCGACGAGCUUCCCCGCGGUGUUUACGAUCUUCGAUCGAUCCGGGAACGAGGCUCGUUCAAGGAUCGCAUCGUAGGUGAUAGAUCGCGAGUGUCAGUGAGAUCGUCAGGGGGGAUCAGUGCGACGUUUGAACAAGAGACUGGUCCCCGGUACGCAGUUCGGAAAGGGGGAGACACGGUGAAGGUGUCAACCGAUUCGCGACUUGCUCAUUGACAUUUCCGUGACAUUUUAGUGUCCGCGAUUUUCGUGUGACGCGAAAGUGAGAGAUUGUCACUGUGUGGCCGAGCACACGGUCGAGAAAGUGGCAAGGCCAGAGGUGUAGCGGAGUCGAUGACGGUUAACCCGUGCCUUAUCACCGCGGACGGUUCCUUAUCUGUGCUUAUCUGUCCGUUGGAAUCGUUGCUGGACGUGCGACUCGGACAGAAGAGAAGCACGACGAACGCGAAACCCGUCGAGACGCAUUGUCCUCGCGAAUUAUCCUUCGCCGGUUUCUAUAUGAUCAUCCUAGCUGGACGCGUGCGUUCGCGCGUGGAUCAGAUUUGACGUUCAACAGGUGGUUCACGAAGGGGUUCAUUAAGAUCCCGCGCGAACGAACAAGGGCUGUGUAAGAGACUGUGCGAGGGUUGUUUCUCGUCGUCGACGUCGAUGAUUGAUUCUCCUCGGACUAUCCUGUGACAUAGAUCAAACUGGACAUACUCACCGCCACGUCGGGACGUACGGAGUGGAGAUGUCCGCGGGUCGCUGAGAGAAUGAGGGAGCUGGACACCGAGAGCCCUGUUGUCUGGCCAGCCUGGUGUUACACUGGUGAGGUAUCAGGUGAAAACGUGUCCGCUAGUUCUGGACCACGUGGCGGCGAUCGUGGAGAAGCGACUGAAUUAGGCACACACACGGAAAACAACGACGGGGCCACCCUGGCCGCGAAUACAGCGGUCGACGCGAGGGGCGGAAGCCCUCAGGGUGCCCACCUUUCCGGUGCGGCGACCCCUAGGCCGCCGAGGGGUAGAAGGCGGCAGAAUCAGAAUGGUCUCGAUACUACUCAAGUUAAAACUGAACGACUCACUCCGGAUAAUAAUUCGACCUCGUCGAGGAGCGUAACGCCCUCGUCGUCUAGCCACCCAGGAACGCCGCCAAAUGCUACCCCUUUGGGUGGACCCGAGGGCCCACCACCACCCCAUCACCUCAAACACAUGGAGCAGAUGAUGGGACGAAAUUACAGCGAUUUCAUGAGAAGCCUCGCUGCCAAGUACAAUAACGCAAAUCCUAAUGACUACUUCAGUUCACCUAGAAACGGAUAUCCUCCGGGUUUAGAUCCAAGGUUUCCCGCGUUCAAAACUGCCGCGACACCUUUCGUCGGUUUGAUGGCACCCUUGGGUGCGCCUCAACCACCUACCGUACCCACCACCUCACCCCUUUCCAAUAAGGAUCCGAAGGAGCAAAAGCAGGACAGCCUGUUCGGUAAUCCCGUGUUCCCGCCUAUGUUGGAUAUGUCGUCGACGCAGGCAUUGUUGCACAUGGUGAGGACUGCGAAUGCAGCGCAGAAUGCAGCAGAGUUGGAAACGUACCUUAAAGGCGCGAACAAAAGAGAUCCUGGAGUGACGAGUCCCCUGGAUCUCUCGAGUCCAGGAGGAUUCGCACCGCGUAAGAGGCAGAGGACGGAAACCAGGAGAGCGGGAAGCGUUUCACCGAAACCAAAACCAACCCCUCGACCCACUACGCCACCCCCAGUGAGAUGUCCGUCCCUCUGUGGUCACAUGCCCUGUGGCGACGGACAGGCGGUGAAUCGGUGGACCAUCGAGGACGUCGUCAACUACGUGUCGUCGAUCGACAUCUGCGCCGAAUACGCACAGAAUUUCCGCGAGCACCGUAUCGACGGAGCUGCAUUGCCUCUUCUCUCGGAGGACCACCUGACAGGUCCCAUGGGAAUGAAGUUGGGCCCUGCCCUGAAGCUCCGCGCCCUGUUAGCCCGAAAGCUCGGGGCAUGCACGGUCUGUCUGCACUGUGCGCACUGUCAUCAGACACCCUUGCCUGCGCUGAACGCAGCCGCGGCCGUGGCAGCCACGUCUCAGCAACAGCAACAACAGCAGCAACAGCAACAGGUGCCUGGCAGACGGCCGAGUAGUACAGGGAACUGACAAACAAUGGCGGAGACUCCUUUGGGCCCAGAGGGCGCCGUGGCGCCCUCGUCGGACCCGAAUAGGGCCCUCAGGAUAGAACGGCGCGUAUCGCGUCCCGUACGCAAGCCGGAAGUGGUCUUCAAGAAGCCCAUCAAACAGUGACACGGUGACGAUCAUCGUGGACCCUGGUGUUCUGGAGGCUCCGCCUAGUUGUUCGAGUGUUCGUUGGCAUGCAACGAAGUUGAGAUAUUGAGUACCUGGAAUAAUCGCUCAAAAUGACUGGAGACAUAGACUUUGGUGCGUUGUACUUAUACGGAGAACUACCCAAGUGUUACACUCACUUAUUAAUGAAACUUUGCCAGCUUGUAGAGUUCGUCGAGCUGAACACGCCUAUACCCUGUUUUGUGGGCAGACGGCUAAUUGUUUAAAAGAUAUUAAUAAUUAAAGUUAGUUGCUACUUACAUUUUAACUCUGUGGUAAAACGCUUGACUUGCAAUCUAAAGGUCCAUGGUUAAAAUCCAUGGUUCCCAAGUUUUUCUUUUAAUUAUAAUUUGUCUCUUUUUGAAUAACUAUUACAGCUGUGCUAUAAUCAUUGCAUUUAUUAA